AUGACGCUAUUCGUGGCAUCCCUCUACCUUCCGUACACGAUUAAUUUUCAUGUGCAAGGAAAGGAGGAAGAUCGUGGACGAAACGUUUCUGCUCCACCAGCUUCCCAGCGUACUGCUCCCAACUUACGAAUCCAUACCGGAGCCGACACCUCAGGCGGCUUGAUUCAGUCCCUCGCAUCCCGUAUUGGUUCUCGUCAGCCGUCGCCUCCUCCCACUCCACCCGUUCACAAUGCUGAUGAGAUCUUCUUCGCAAAACCGACCACUCCUGGUCCCUCUACCGCUGUUGCCGUCACUUCACCCGGUCCCGAUAGUGCCAUUCCUCCAAAAUUAAAGCGAGCACUCACUCAGCCAACUUCUAGAGCUGCUUCGCCGCCACCUAGAGGAAUUUUGGAGAGUAAAAGGGCUGUUGCGGCACCUGCUGAUCAAUUACAAGCUGUAUCCGGCGCUCCUCGUCAAAUUCCUAUUCCCAAACGAAAAGCGACUCUUACCGACCAAUCCCAACUCUUCGCCAGCGCCGAAUGGACUGUCGAACCAGCUGAAAGAGGAAAUGGCGGUCUCCGUAAUGCCGUCAAUGCUGCCCUCGAAGCUGGUGGUGUCGAAGAAGUAACUUGGGUCGGUACCGUGGGUAUGCCUACGGACGUUCUGGAGGAUAGUGUCAAAGCUUCCAUCGAGGAGCGAUUGCGCGACGAACACGAGUCGCUGGCUGUCUUCUGCAAAGACAGUGAUUUCCAUGGUCACUACAACCAUUUUUGCAAACAGAUUCUGUGGCCUGUAUUCCACUAUCAGAUUCCCGAUAACCCGAAGAGCAAAGCUUACGAAGAUCAUUCAUGGAUCUACUAUGUAGCUCUCAAUCAAGCCUUCGCGGAUACAAUUGUCAAGAAUUACAAGAAGGGAGAUACUAUCUGGGUGCAUGAUUAUCAUUUACUUCUUGUACCGAAGAUGGUGCGUGAUAAAAUCCCCGAGGCGAGUAUCGGGUUCUUUUUGCACGUUGCUUUCCCAUCUUCGGAGGUGUACAGAUGUUUGGCGGUCAGGAAACAAUUGUUGGAAGGUAUGUUGGGAGCCAAUCUUGUCGGCUUCCAAACAGAAGAGUAUGCAAGACACUUUUUGCAGACUUGUAAUCGAUUGUUGUAUGUGGAGGCGACACCUGCGGGUAUACACUUGGAGGAGAGGUUUGUAAAUGUAGUCAGCUCUGCUAUCGGAAUUGAUCCGAUCGGAUUGAGCAAGGAAAGGGAAGACCCGAUGGUCGACGAGUUUGUGAAGGUCAUCUUGGAUAGAUAUGGAGGCCAAAAAAUCUUGGUCGCUAGAGAUAAGUUCGAUCACGUCCGUGGUGUUCGACAAAAGCUUCUCUCUUACGAACUCUUCUUGCGCACUCACCCAGAGUGGGUCGGCAAGGCUACCUUGAUCCAAGUGGCACUCUCCACAUCUGAGCUUGUUGAGUUACAGACAACCGUCCUCGACAUCGUCUCCAGAAUCAAUGCCAACUUCGCAACUUUCGAUCACUCUCCCGUAGUGUUUUUGCACCAGGACAUCAACUUCUCACAGUAUCUUGCUCUCCUCACCGUCGCGGAUGCGUUAAUUAUUACUUCGCUCCGCGAGGGUAUGAAUCUCACUUCUCAUGAAUUCAUCUUCUGUCAGGAUGAACGCCACUCCCCGCUCAUUCUCAGUGAAUUCACUGGAUCAUCAUCCCUCUUCGCUGGAUCUGAUAUCAGCGUUAAUCCAUGGGACUACCGUCAGUGCGCAGACGCGAUGUACCAAGCCCUUGAGAUGUCUCCCGAAGAAAAGAAAGCUCGUUGGGAGAAGCUGAAUGGAGAUGUAAUGCACCAAACUGGUGUACACUGGGUUACUUCGUUCAUGGCGACCCAGCAGAAGGCUUGGCUAGAACAGCAACGUCGUGGAAAUAUGUCUAUUCCACGACUAUCUAUUAAUUCCGUCGGAGAUGCAUAUGCUAGGGCUGAUAAGAGAAUCUUCUUGAUCGAUUACGAAGGAACACUUGUGCAGUCUGCUAGCUCGACGAGGAUGAUCUUGGGCAGCCCUCAGCGAGUUAUCGACACAUUGAAUGAUCUCCUUCUCGAUUCGAGGAAUAUUGUUUAUGUGAUGUCAUCUCGUAAACCAGAGGACAUAGAGAAACCAUUCAGGCUAGUUUCCGGGCUCGGUUUGAUCGCUGAGAACGGGUGCUUCAUCCGCCCGCAUAAUACGGGCACUUGGAUUGAGAUGAUCGAUGGGUCCAUGUUGGGAUGGCAAGACAGUGUCAAGGACAUCCUUGAAUACUACAGAGAACGAACCCCAGGAACCACAAUCGAGAAGAGACAUUGCAGUUACAUCUGGCACACUGGUUCCGCCGAAGAUCAAAAUCUAGCAUCUCGUCAAGCCGCUGAAUGCGUCAAUCAUAUCAACGACUCGAUGGAAGCCACGCAGCACGUUCACGCCGUACCUCUUGAAAAAGCAGUUAUUGUUGAGCCUAGUGACUAUAAUAAAGCCACGGCGGGAGCAAAAGUGCUAGAUAUCGUAUGUGCGGAAGAGAAUGGUGAUGUGGAGAGGUGGUCACCCGAUUUCUUGUUUAUUGCGGGCGAUGAUCGGGAGGAUGAAGUGCUUUUUAGAUGGGCUAAUGAGUAUGCGGUUGAGAGGGAGGUGGCGCAUGUUACGACCGUUUGUGUGGGUACGAGGAAUACGGAAGCGACAGCUACGUUGACACAAGGUGUUGCUGGUCUCAUAUCCGCACUGAAUAAACUAUCGAAGUUUAGGUGA